AUGUCUGACUUUGACGAUAUUGGUGACGAACUUCUCGAGCUCGCGGGGGAUGGCGACAAGAAGCGCAAAAAGAAGUCCUCUCAUAAGUCUUCCAAGCGUCGUAAAGGAGACCCCAUGGAUUCUCAAUCAGACGAGGAAGUUCAGGAGGCUCUAGACGUAGUCAACGAUCCAUAUCCUCUCGAAGGCAAAUACAAGGAUCACGCCGACAGAGACCGACUACUGGGUAUGAGCGAGUUUGACCGCGAACACACUCUGGCACUCCGUUCAGAAGAGAUGGAGCGCCAUCGUUUCCAGCAGAGCGUCAGCGCAAAGUUAGCGCAAAGCAAAGGGGACGACAACGUUGCCCAUGCGGCCAAAAGGCAACAUACUGCGCGAGGCGCUACGAAGGAAAAAACACGUCGGCUGGAGGAGCUUAAGGCUCGUCGGAAAGCUAAAGGCGAGAGGGAUCGGACCAAAACUGGGUCUCCGAAGAGGGACCGUUCAUCGUCUCCGAUGGAUAUGGAAACAUCUGAUGAAGAAGACGAGGACGGCCAGAUCAGUAAACUCGAGCAGGAAGAUGAGAAGCACUCCAAGUUAUUUAACAAAGCCCCCCCUGCGCAAGAGGAGAAAAUAUGCAGAGCAGACCUCGAGAAGUGUCGCUUGACGCGGUCUAUGAUCUCUCGUAAUUGUCUUCGCCCUUGGUUCGGGGAUCUCCUUAAAGGUGCAUGGGUGCGAUACCUCAUUGGCAACACCAACGGCGUCCCCAUAUACCGCGCCUGCGAGAUCUUAGGCCUGGUUUCCGAGGGCGUGAAGACGUACAAAGUGGAUGAUAUCCCUGUCCAUGUCUCUUUCGAACUCAAGUAUGGGAAGGCUAUCAAGAUCUGGCCUAUGGAUCGCGUGUCCAACGCCCCCUUCUCCGAUAAGGAGUUUGAGCACCUCGAGAGAACUUGGCAAGGCGAUAAGGAAAAGUUGCCUUCCAAGUUCGACGCAGAGAAGAAGGCUGCAAGUAUAAAUCAGAUGAUCUCGCAGCCCAUCACAGAGAGUGACCUGAAUCUUAUGUUGGAGAACAAGCGCAGUCUUCAACCACACAAACAAUCUUCAGCAGCGCUAACGCUAGAGCGCUCUCAGCUCAAUGCUCAGAGGACACUUGCUCUUCGAAGGCAUGAUGAUACCGAAGUUGCUGAGCUCGAUGCUAAGAUCCUGGAACUAAACGGGCGCUUGGGCCAGCGUCCGCCGACGACCGCAGUUGAUGAGCUUGCGAAACUUAAUGAACGCAACCGUAAGGCAAAUGCAGAGGCCGUUCGUAAAGCGGAGCUCUGGGAAGCCGAGCGCAAGCGCAGAGAGAGAAAACGGGUGCAAGCUAAUGGGGCCCUUCCUCAAGACCCGAGUGCCCGCCUCAAAACCGUUCCACGCGUCUUCAACGCUGCAACCCCUUCUUCCAGGCCCGGAACUCCUGCUGCUGGCAGCCCUCACCUGAAUGCACAAGCUGAUGUCAACGGGUCCUCUGCCUCUCCUCUGCUUCCUGCCUUAACUUCAAACGACACCGAACUUAACAUUUUCGCUGCUGUCGACGUCGAUCUCGGGGACUUUUAG